AAUCAUUUAAUAUUUCAAUUUCAAUCGGGGCGGGACGGUUCAAACAGACAAUCGAUCUGCUUUCCUGGCUGUCGGAGUUUUCGAAAAACUCGGGAAGGGAUUUGACUUGUGCUGAAUCGCGCGAAAUCGCAUUGAAUCGAUAAAAACAAGUGCUUCAAUUUAUGCUCUAGUAACCGCCUUAGAGAGCAAGAAUUAAAAUAUCCGACGACCCGGAAUCGAAAACGCAGUAAAAGAAAGAAAUUUUCGUCUUCCUGAAGUGCGCAAAAAGAUAUGUAAUACGAUUGCCAGGAAGACACGGAAGCAAUACAAAAAAAACGGCAAAAACGCAAUCGUUACAUAUUAUAUAUUCGCUCGGUUGGAAAGUUCUUCUUUUGUGCAGAAAAUCGACCACACAUCAAAAUAAAUUACUAGAAAAAAGCAGAAAAACAACAACAACAACAUCCUCAGCACUCUCGCUCGCCAGCUCUCUCUCUUUCUCUCUCUUGACGAAGGCGGAGAAAGAAGCAAACGAAUCAACAAAAUAAAAUAAUCAUUUCGCCGCCAAACAAUAAGGAAAAUAAUUAAUUUUCAGCGAGCGAGUUUCUGCGGCAUUUAUGCCAACUAAUUGACAAACGAAAUGGAUUACAAAUUCAUUGUUUUCAACGCUGCGAGGGACAACAAUUUGGCGCAAUUAAAGGCCACCCUUUACAACAAAAGUUCCGGCGAAGUGGGCAGCCUGAUCUCGGCGAAAGUGAACGGGGCCACCCCGCUGGUCAUCUCCUGCCGCAACGGACACUACGACAUUGUAGAAUACCUAUUGACAAAGUGUCGCGCUAACGUGGAGCAGGUGGGGUCGGUCAGCUUUGACGGGGAGCCCAUCGAGGAUGCCCCACCGCUGUGGUGCGCAGCGGCCGCCGGUCACUUGGGCAUCGUCAAGAUGCUCGUCCGCCGGGGGGCGAAUGUGAACAGCACCACCAGGACGAACUCCACACCACUGAGGGCUGCCUGUUUCGAUGGACACUACGAGAUCGUCAAGUACUUGGUGCACCAUGGAGCGGACUUUGAAGUGGCGAACCGACACGGCCACACCUGCCUGAUGAUCGCCUGCUACAAGGGUCACUUCCGCAUCGCCCAGUAUCUGCUCUCCCUGAACGCGGACGUCAACCGGUGCAGCGUGAAGGGCAACACGGCGUUGCACGAUUGCGCCGAGUCGGGAUCCUUGCAGAUCCUGCAGCUGCUGCUCAAGCACGGCGCCACCAUGGACGUGGACUACUACGGGAUGACUCCGCUGCUGGCGGCCAGUGUCACCGGUCACAUGCCCAUCGUCGAGCACCUGAUCACAUUGCCCUGCGUGAGCAGGGAGUCGAGGAUUCACGCCUUGGAGCUGCUAGGUGCCACCUAUGUGGAUCGCAAGAGGGACAUGGCCGCGGCACUCACGCUGUGGCGAAGGGCACUCGAGGAACGGGCCGUGGAACCGCCGCUGGAGAAGAAGGUGCAGGAACCAGUGCCGGCGUACGAGAUGGUCAGGGAGGUGACCAGCGUGGAGGAGCUGGAGGAGAUGGUGCUGGAUCCCGACGAGAUGCGAAUGCAGGCCUUGGUCAUUAGGCAGCGCAUCCUGGGACCCACGCAUCCGGACACCAGCUACUACAUUAGAUUCAGGGGAGCCCACUAUGCGGACGCUGGACGCUUUGACCGCUGCAUCGAGCUCUGGUCCUAUGCCCUCACCAUGCAGCAGAAGAUCCUGCAGCCCCUGAGUCCGAUGACCCAAUCGUCGCUGCUCUCCUUCGCCGAGUUGUUCAGCUUCAUGCUGGUGGAGGCGGGUCGCCUUUUGCCGCGGGGUCGCGUUGUGCCGCCCAUCGAGGCGGACGGCAUGCUGACCAUCUUCUACAAGGCGGUCAAGGAGGUGGAACGGGGUCAGGCCUUCACGCUGGAGCAGCAGAAGGACCAGCAGCAACCGCAGAAGCAGCUGCCGGCAGCUGACAAGUCGCCAUCCUGCUCGGCCUCCUCCUCCUCAUCCACGUCAUCGUCAUCGUCCGCUUCCUCCUCCUCCUCAACGACGCUGCUUUCGGCGCAUCAGCACGAUUGUAACCACGAUCCGAAUGCCCUGAGUCGCACCAUGAUAAGUGCCAUUCACAUAGGCUGUCUGCUCAGCUCGCUGCUGGACACGGAUGCCCUCAAUCCGGAGAUGCGUCGCCAGGUGAUGGGAGCGUUGUUCAGGCUGAAUCGCCUGAAGGUUCGUGUUCGGUUCGAUCGGACUGCUCUGCACUACGCCUGCUAUCGCGAAGGAACGCUGGCCGGUCGCUAUCCCUCCUGCCAGUUUCCCUCGGUGACGUUGGCGAAGGCUCUGCUUGAAGUGGGAGCCGAUCCGAAUGCCAUCGACGAGGCGGGCAACACCCCGCUCCAUUUGGCCACCAUGCAGCCAUACGUGGAGCCCCUGUCGCACAUCCUUCUCGAGGGCGGAGCGCAUUUGGACACCAAAAACUACGCUGGCGAGACGUUUGAGAGUCUGUUGGCACCCACGCCUAUGCAUAAGAUCAUUGACCCGAUGAAGUACACGACGCUGGCGUGUCUGGCUGCCAGGACGAUCAAGAAGCACGACAUCCGCUACCAGGGAACCGUGCCAGCCACCCUGUACGAGUUCAUCGAGCUGCACUAGAGACGAGGACCGGGAUGAAGAGGACUGGACGAGAGUCAAGCACUCAAUUCACUCAACCGCUCACCGGAUCCCUCGCUGGUGCAAUCGAUCAACCGCCUGCCCGCCCGCCAUCCAUUAAACGAUACCUACUACUACUACUACUAUGACUAUCGUCUACUGUAUAUUUAGAGAUGGAGAGAGAGUUCGAAACUAUGCUGAAUGCGAAACGAUGAAUGAAGAUGGGAGUGAAUAUAUAUAUUUACGAGAUCGUUACUAACGACCGGAAACUGAUUUGUGAUGUUAGCAAGCGAAGUGCCUGAAUCGACGGAUCAGGACGAUAACUACUACUACUGACAACGAUAACAAAACAGAAGCCAACAAAUGGAAAAACAGACGAAAGCUGACGACCGAAGCAACGUAUUGAAAAGUUCUGGAAGAGAGAUGAUUUGCUGUCUUUGAAUUUUGCUUGCGAAAUGUGUUGAAACUUUCUUUAAAACUAUGUGUUCUUGCUACUCUAUUUUGUAUGACUUAUGAUUAAAAUAAUAUUGUAUGUACUUGUACUAUAUGACCAAAAGCCUGGGCCUGAUUGCGCAGCCUAACUUUAAUUAUGUGGCACCAAGCCGACAACUCCUCAAUGCUGUUGCAAUCACACCCAAGCCACGGAAAAUCCAAAAACCAGAAUACCUAAAACAACAAAAAAAAAAAAAGAAGCAAAAAAAAAAAAAAACGGCCACCACCCACAAGUCACAUCUAAGUGAUGCGUUUGUUUAUAAACGAGAAAACGAUGUUUUGGAAAUAUACAAACUGUAAUUAACAACAAUAA